AUGCCUGAUAUAUUCAAAUUCACUAAUUAGGACUGCUUUAAGACACUAGUUCAAGAAUAUUCACAAUUUUAAUUUUUGUUUACGUAUUUCAUUGUAAAGACUAAACAUCUGCAUAUACAAAGAAUGAAUGUAGAUAUGAAGAUUAUGAAAUCUUAAUUUUAUUAAAUUUUGCUGAUAAAAAUGAUAAUGGCUUAUGUUUAGAUAUAUAAACAUUGCUUAAGAAGAAGCAACAUUGUUUUAAUAGAUAUUGAUGUUAGCCAGUCAUGA